AUGGCGCUCGGGAGUUUGAUCGCGCUGGCGACCACAUUGUCGAGUACUCAGUUCCAAGGCUCCUAUGGAUCUCGCCAGGGUGCGUUGUUGCCAAGGAGUAAGUGCACCUAUGGUCGUCAUAGCUGUUGGCUGUCGCUCCAGUCAUCGGCACCGCCGCUAAUUGUCUUGAUAACUCCAGUGCUCCCCUUUGCCACUCUGCUAUUUUUCUCGACAAGCUCAGUCCCCGUCUCACCUCCAGUUCAGGUUAGCCUCUUUGGAGAUGAACUGCUGGAGACAGGAGAUUUGCAAAGUUUCAAUAUCACCAGCCAACGACGCCGCGUGGUGUGCACUCAGCUUCCUUCCUCGACAGCCACUCCGCUUUGGGAGCUGGUGAAAGUACUCCACCGGAAUAAAUCUCGCGUCGCCUUCAACAUCCGGGUCCUAGGCAUUGUCCAGAAGCCGAAUCCAGCGACUGAUCAUGUCGGUACUGGUGCGGCCACGACCAAGCCACCUCAAGCUACGGGCCACAUCAUGCUCGACAGCAUCCCGAUCUGGACGCGAUUAAUCCCCCGGAUUGGGACAUACAACACCCAGGAUUCGCUGGUGGUCACCGGUCCAACUACUAGUCUGGCCCUCACUGACAAUGCUUGUUGGUGUCGCCCCCAAGAAGGCUAUCAAGCUGACUGUCGCUCCUCGACCGUGAGCUUCAUUACUACACCCCGCGCCAUGACGGACAGCCUGGUCUUCAGGUGCCUGUCCAGCAGGCCGCCCAGGCCCUCAUUGACCGCUCCGUUGACUAUGGCGUCAAGGAUACCUAUUGUCAUUGGCAGCAAGCCUUUCUUCCGGAAGCCCGCGGUCGAAAAGGCAGCUUGUGUCGACGCGCAGAGCUACGCCGGUUACAUCGCAUUUGGCAAGGAGACCAACUCUCCUCAGCGCCAUCUCCAACAAUGUCUUCCCAGUGGGUCUGCUGCCAGUGCACGGUCCGCGGCAGAAACGGCGGCCACUGCGACCGGGUGCUUCAUCGAGAACCUUAUUCGCGUGAGGCCGAGGAAGCAGCCCAUCCAUGAGCCCAAGCUCAUCGAGUUCAACAACGAACCGUCACCUUGGACAACAUGA